GCCUGCGUGGUCCCUUCUUUUCGGCCCCACAUCCGCUCCCGUCGUGGACUGACAGUUCAACGUCAGCCUCAACGUCACCUCCGCGCGUACCAGCAGCACCUCCUCCAAUCCUUCUGCUUCCAUUCGACGGAGCAACAUGUUCUGCCGCGCCACAUCCACCUUCAUCGGAUGUGAACGGCCAGCAUGUCCGAGGAUGUGAGACUGUCCGCCCGCGAAAUCCCCACCGUCUCCACCCCUUCCCACACCAAUCCGCAAGAGGUGGAAAGUCGAGCCACUGGCACUCGAACCCCGCGUCCAUACUGCCACGAUGGACACGAUAUACUCCAAGACGGUGGAGAGGGAUUCGCCGCUUUGAACGCCCCUUCCUCCGAGGCGGUGCGGAUUGCCGUCUCUGGCCAGGGUGAAGCCAAUGAUUUGCUUCACAGACGCAAUGGAACGGCUUCGGGCACUGGAAGUGACAGCGGCACAGAGGCCGACGAUGAGCGACCGCACCUCAUAAAAGCACUCCCAGCCCCGCACCUUCGCCCGCGGAAAGGAUUGAAGACGGGCGAGAGAGACGCCGAUGUUCUCCUCACCCCUUCCCAGCUCGAUGACGAUGGACGGCGACUCGGGCAAGGCUACUUCAAACGCUCGACAUUGGAAAGAACGUGGUCAAAGGAAGAGCAUGACGCUGAACAAGAGAGGCUGCUCAAAGUACGCCUGGCGGAAUUCAUACGGAGAAGCGCCGAAGUUGCGUUGAUGGCUGUCAUUGUCCUAUGCGUCCUGUGCGGAGCCGGUGUAUUUCGAAACGCCUACGAAUGGCGGCGGGAACUCCUCGCGCACGUCACCAUCAUCAUACUCCUGGUCCUGGCGUAUCCGGUCAAGCUGUCCAUUGUGGACGGCACAUCUCCUCAUCAGCGCAUCUGGCAGCGCUUUCGGGUGCCGGCGUCAUUUGACCCUGCGACAGUCCUCUACCCUACUCUCCUGCCAAUCCUCGUGGCUCUAUCUCUCUCCCCCGCAAAUCCGGCUGCCGUGUUGCCCAACAUCGUCUUGGGAUUGUCGUCUCUUCCGCAGAGACUCUUUCCUCGAUCUACGCGACUGGGAGGCUUCAACAUUGUGCAUUGGUUCAUCGCUAUCGUGCCAUUGUUGGUUGCCGAGCGGACAGCCUGGCCCUCCCUCCAACAACCGUACACCGGACUGUCGCCUGAGACGAUAGUCGCGUUGUACCCGCUGCACCACGCUCUGCUUCAACCUUUGCAAUAUAUGACGACGACGAGCUUGCUGGUAUCCGAGCUGCACCUUCUCUCUGCCGUCUUGAUCAAUCUUUUAUUGCUGGUCACAUCUCCCCAGAUGGUGAUCUUGAAAGCAUGCCUAUGGAUCGGUGGUGUAUGUAUCUUGGUGCCUGCGGUCCCUCUUCUCGGCUGGAAUGUCACUCUCGUACGCAUACCAAAGUGGAGGCUUAGGCGACCCACAACUCGCCCGUCCAAGCCGAUGUCCGCGGUCGAUGCAGCACUGCAUCUUUUCAACCUGAUUCGCCGAUCCGCGACCAGACAUGAUGGAGACGAGAGUGAUGCCGACGAAGAUGCAGAACCGCCAUCAAGACAUUUGCACUCCGACAGCCGGCCGAAGCUGCGUAUGCACAGUUUCAACUUUACCGCCUCAGACAAACCGGUUGGGCCCACGCCUCAAUCCGCUAUCGAGCCGCCUGCCGGUGCGAACGGCUCCUUUCCUGGAGCAGACUUCCGCAAGCGACCGCGAAGCAAUACCUUGCCUCUGCUGGGAGCGAACCUCAUGGCGGAGUCACAAAGCAACACCCGUGGACGUGCAAAGUCCCCACAUAUCAUGUGGUGUAUGUCUUUGACUCACGAACAAGCUGAUUCCAGAAAGUACAUCUACGCAGCCAUCUUGUACUUCGUCGUCAUUGCCGUCAUUCUGCUGCCCGUGCGAAUCUACGUGGCUAAAGCAGCGCUCCACAGCCACGAACCUAUCGGAUGGGCUUUGGGUUACAUUCUCGGCCAGAUCGAGGAGUUCAGGAGCAUUGUACAGGCUGUUGGCUUACAGAACUGGAUCCCACUACCGCCUGAGCCACCAGGCUGGCAAGAGAUACACAUCGACCCUCGACUCACUGUUCCGCUCAUACGACAAGCUGUAGGCGCCGCAAACGGUCGCUUGCUGCUGAUUGGCUUCUGGGCGGCCGUGCUGCUUGCCGGCCUCAUUGCCGUGUUCAGCCUGACCGCCUUUGUCGAGGUGGACACCCGUCGCAAAGUCUUUCACGGCGUCAUGGUCGCCAUGAUGCUGCCCUCCACAUUCGUCGACCCUUGCGCUUGCGCCCUUGCUCUCGGCCUGAUCUUGGUAGUAUUCCUGCUACUCGAAGUCAUCCGAGCUGGACAAGUAGCGCCUCUUGGCAACGCGAUCAGCCGAUUUGUGGCGCCGUAUGUUGACGGCAGAGACCUACGGGGCCCUAUCGUUGUCAGCCAUAUCUUCUUGCUGAUCGGCUGCGCGGUUCCUUUUUGGUUCUCCCUUGCUUCAAUCCCCCGUUCCGGGGGGACACCGUGGGCGGGCUGGGAGCUGGAGGAUGAGCAAAGAGAAGUUGCCAUGGUUGCCGGCGUGAUCUGUGUGGGCAUGGGUGAUGCGGCUGCCAGUCUCAUUGGGCGCCGGUAUGGCAGGCACAAGUGGAUGUGGGUGGGAGGGAAGAGUCUCGAAGGCAGUGCCGCGUUUGCGGCUGCCGUGACCGUUGGCCUCAUCCUCUCAAAGGCGUGGCUGGUGUUUGGCGGCUGGCAAGCUAGUCACGGCUCUGUCUUGCAUCACCACCACGGAUCCUUGUACGCAUGGGCCGGAACUCUGGCGAAAGCCGUGUUUUGUGCUUGUGGAGCCAGCUUCAUGGAGGCGGUGCUGACGGGCGCGAAUGACAAUGUCGUCGUGCCGGUUGCUUUGUGGUUGCUCGUGAAAGGCGUGCGGCUCUGAGAUAGAGGAUAGACUGCGAAUGUAAUAGACGUUGCGACAA